AUGUCGUCCUCCUCAUCCUCCCUCAAGCACAACCCCGAGAAGCAGGCAAAGAACGAGUACAUCCCCCACUUCAUCGCCAAACGGCCCUUCUACUUCAACAACAACAACACCGGCAGCGGCAGCACCGGAGCCGACUACCUCGAGCACCAGCGCCUCCAAAAGCCCGCCGCCGACACCCUCGAAACACAGAAAUGGUACGACCGCGGCGCCAAGACAACCCGCGCAACAAAGUACCGCCCGGGCGCGUGCACAAACUGCGGCGCCAUGUCGCACGCCACAAAGGACUGCCUCAGCCGCCCGCGCAAGCUCGGCGCCCGCUGGACGGGCCAGGACAUCCAGCCCGACGAGGCCAUCCAGACGCUCGAGCUGGGCUGGGACGGCAAGCGCGACCGCUGGAACGGCUACGACGCGCGCGAGCACCAGCGCGUGGUCGACGACCACCUGCGCAUGGAGGCGCUGCGCAAGCGGUCUGAGGCCACCACUGCGGCUGCUGCCGCCGCGGAGGACGUGGACGACGAGGACAAGUAUGCGGAGGAGAGCGAGACGCCCGGGCAGGGGUACGACUCGGCGAACAGGAUCAGCACGCGCAACCUGCGCAUCCGCGAGGACACGGCAAAGUACCUGGUGGACCUGGACCUGGACUCGGCCAAGUACGACCCCAAGACGCGGACGAUGGUGGACCGCGGGGCGCGCUCGGACCAGGCGGCGGCGCUGGUGGCCGAGGACAACUUUAUGCGCAGCUCGGGCGACGCGGCCGAGUUUGAGAAGCUGCAGCGCGCGGCGUGGGAGACGCGGGAGCGCGGCGACCGCAACCGCAUGCAUCUGCAGGCGAACCCGACGGAGGCCGAGCAGCUGAAGCGCACGGCGGCCGAGGCGGCGGAGAAGCGGAGGGCCGAGGAGAGGAGGAGGCUGCUGGAGCGGUAUGGUGGCGGGGAGCAUCUGGAGGCGAGGCCGCCGGUGCUGGAGGAGGAGGAGAGGUAUGUCGAGUAUACGCCUGAGGGACAGGUUAAGGGGAGGGAGAAGGUGACGCCGAGGAGUAAGUAUGCGGAGGACGUGCUGGUCGGGAACCAUAAGGCCGUGUGGGGGUCGUGGUGGCGCGCGGGCAGGUGGGGGUAUGCGUGCUGUAGGUCGCAUACGAAGAAUAGUUACUGCACGGGCGUGGAGGGGAUCCGGGCCGCGGAGAUUGCGGAGAAUAUGAGGCUGGGGCUGGUGGCGCCCGUGGCGCCGAGGAGCGUGGUGCAGGAGUUGGUGGUGCGGGAGCAGGCCGAGGAGCAGGUGGAGGAGAAGGAGGGGAAGGGGAAGGGAAAGGGAAAGGGAAAGGGAAAGGGCAAGGAGGAGGAGGGGGAGUCGGCGACGGAGAAGGGGAAGCGCAAGUUGGCGCAGAUGAGGGACGGCGUCACGGAGGAGGAUAUGGAGAACUUUAUGAAGCAGCGCAGGCUGGCGGAGGAUCCGAUGGCGGGCUUUGUGGACGUUGUGUAG